CUUCCCUCCUCCUCAGGGGGAGGGGAGGAGGCUGAGGAGCAGGAGUAGCUGGAGCAGGGAAUUGUUUGGGAGUUCAGUCAUCCAAAAGCUGUCACCCGUAUGGAGGGUCUGGCUCCCCGUGCCCCAGCUCCCCUUCCCUCCUCCUCCUCCUCCUCCUCCUCCUCCUCCGCCCGCGCUGCUCUCCCCGCCGCGCCUCCGCUCUGCAUAUAACCAGCGCCAAACACCGCCGGCACCCCAAGUCCAGGGCCCCUGCCUGACCCUCCUCUUCUCCCUAAGUCAGACUUUCUCUGUCUCUUUCUCUCUCUUUUUUUUUUUUUUUUCCUCUCGUUAUUAUUUCUUUCUCUCUCUGUGUGUAUGUGCUGAAUUCCCCGCAGAUCCGGCCUGGAAGUUCCCAGCUCCUGGAGUUAAGCCUCUUUGUUGCUUCCCUCCGUUUCGGGCACGGCUGUUUUCCCCCCCUGCCUGCUGGGCCUGAGCCCCCGGAAGCUGCUGCCACAUCUCUACUACAUCCCCUGUGGCAGCUUAUGGGACCCUUCUCUGGGCGCCUCUGCCCCAGGAGACACUGCAUGGGAUGGCAAUGACACGUGGAAAGAAGAGACCCAUGUCCGCCAUCCUUUGCCUCCUCCUCGCAGCCACCAGCUGCUUUGCCAAACUGAGUGAAUCUCUGCAAGUCACUGUGCAGCCUGCCUCCACCGUCCAGAAGCCUGGGGGCCCAGUCAGCCUGGGGUGUAUUGUGGACCCCCCAAGAGUGAACCUUACCUGGAGACUGAAUGGAAAGGAGCUGGAUGGAUCAGACGAGGUGCUGGGGAUCCACAUUGAGCAAGGGAAACUCAUUAUCACAGCUCUCAACAACAGAACCGUGGGGCGAUACCAGUGCAUUGCUCGUGUGCCCGAAGGAGUCAUUGCCAGUGUCCCUGCAGUGGUCACCUUAGCUAAUCUCAAGGAUUUCAAGUUUGAUGGCCCUCACGUGAUCGAGGUGGAUGAAGGCAACACGGCCGUCAUCGCCUGUGACCUGCCUGAAAGCCAUCCCAAAGCCCAGGUCCGCUACAGCGUGAAGCAUGAGUGGCUGGAGGCCUCCCGAGACAAUUACCUUAUCAUGCCAUCUGGGAACCUUCAGAUUGUCAAUGCCAGCCAAGAGGAUGAGGGGACAUAUAAAUGUGCUGCCUACAACCCUGUGACACAGGAGGUUAAAACCUCAGUUUCCAGUGAGAGGCUCCGUGUGAGACGCUCCACAGCAGAGGCUGCUCGGAUAAUCUACCCACCUGAAGCUCAGACCAUCAUCGUCACCAAAGGCCAAAGCCUCAUCCUGGAGUGUGUGGCCAGUGGGAUCCCCCCGCCGCGUGUCACCUGGGCCAAAGAUGGCUCCAGUGUCUCAGCGUACAAUAAGACACGGUUCCUGCUCAGCAACCUUCUGAUUGACCCCACCAGCGAGGAAGACUCAGGCACCUACAGCUGCACAGCUGACAAUGGGGUUGGUGAGGCUGGAGCAGCAUUCAUCUUCUACAACGUGCAGGUGUUUGAGCCCCCAGAGGUCACCAUGGAGCUGUCCCAGCAGAUCAUUCCCUGGGGCCAAAGCGCCAAGUUCACCUGUGAGGUGCGAGGGAACCCCCAGCCCUCAGUCAUGUGGCUGCGCAAUGCCGUGCCCCUCUCUGCCAGCCACCGGCUCCGGCUGUCCCGCCGAGCACUGCGAGUGGUCAGUGUGGGGCCCGAAGAUGAUGGAAUUUACCAGUGCAUGGCAGAAAACGAGGUCGGAAGUGCUCAAGCCAUGGUGCAGCUGAGGACGGCCCAGCCAGGAGCCACCCUCAACCCUGGGCAAGAUGCCCAGCUGGGUUCAGCUCAGCCUCCAACACCGCCUUCUAGGGACGGUGCCUUAAAGCUGCCUCUGGAUAAAGGUAGUCCACCAAAGCCUGCGACCACCCCACUGGCAGCGUCUCCACAGUGUGCAGCCAACAAGGAGCUGGUGUCUCCAGCCGAGGCCCCCAUCAUCCUCAGUUCUCCCCGGACAUCCAAAACAGACAGCUACGACCUAGUGUGGAGACCCCGGCCCGACAGCAGGGCCCCGAUCCUCUACUAUGUAGUGAAGCAUCGCAAGCAGGUGGCCAACGCUUCAGACAGCUGGGCGGUGAGAGAUGUGCCAGCCUCGCAGCACCGCCUGACACUCACCAGGCUGGAUCCCGGGAGCCUCUACGAGGUGGAGAUGGCCGCUUACAACUGUGCCGGCGAGGGACAGACAGCCAUGGUGACCUUCCGGACUGGUAAAGGCCGGCGCCCAAAACCAGAGAUUGUUGCCAGCAAAGAACAGCAAAUCCAAAGGGACGACCCAGGCACGAGCACUCAGAGCAGCAACCAGUCUGACAACAGCCGGCUGUCCCCUCCAGAGGCACCAGAUCGUCCAACCAUCUCCAUGGCAUCAGAGACAUCCGUGUAUGUGACCUGGAUCCCCCGUGGGAAUGGUGGAUUUCCUAUCCAGUCUUUCCGUGUGGAAUAUAAGAAACAGAAGAAGUCAGGAGACUGGGUUCUGGCCACCAGCGACAUUCCUCCCUCUCGACUCUCUGUGGAGAUCCCAGACCUGGAGAAAGGCUUUUCCUAUAAGUUUCGUGUCCGAGCAUUGAACAUCCUGGGAGAGAGCGAGCCCAGUGCUGCAUCUCGUCCAUACGUGGUGUCUGGGCACAACAACCGAGUCUAUGAGCGCCCUGUGGCUGGGCCAUACAUCACCUUCACGGAUGCCAUUAACGAGACCACCAUCAUGCUGAAGUGGAUGUAUAUUCCAGCCAGCAACAACAACACUCCUAUCCAUGGCUUUUACAUCUACUACCGCCCCACAGACAGCGACAAUGACAGUGACUACAAGAAGGAUGUGGUAGAAGGAGAUCGAUACUGGCACUCCAUCAGCCACCUACAGCCAGAGACCUCAUACGACAUCAAGAUGCAGUGCUUCAAUGAAGGUGGUGAAAGCGAGUUCAGCAACGUGAUGAUCUGUGAAACCAAAGCUCGAAAAUCUCUUGGUUUGCCGGGUCGUCUUCCACCGUCAACAGUGGCCCCUCAGCAGCAUCCCCCACUUAGUGGUGGGCACAGUGGCCUGGGGACAGGAGCCAUGGUGGCCCGUUCUAGUGACCUGCCAUACUUGAUCGUAGGCGUUGUGCUGGGCUCUAUUGUACUCCUCAUUGUGGCCUUCAUCCCCUUUUGCCUUUGGAGAGCCUGGUCCAAGCAGAAGCAAACCAUUGACAUGGGCUUCCCAGGAGCUGGGCUGCUGGUGUCAUCCUGCCAGUACACGAUGGUGCCCCUGAGGGGCAUUUCUGCUCCUCGUGCCAAUGGACAUCCCUAUGUUAAUGGGCAGCCCUAUGCCAGCGGGGCACAUCUGAACGGCAUCUGCUCCUCUGCAGGAGUGGACUAUGUGAGCACAAAGCCCCGGGAUUACAGUCCAGAUGACAUGCAGCAGUCACACGAGGAGACCAAUGCCUUGCUGCAGGCAAGAGUGCUGCAAAAUGGGAAUGUCCAGCGAGACUACCAGCCCACCAGAUUGCCCAAUUCAAGACAAGAAGACAGCUCUUUCCUCUACAGUCUCCCAGAUGACUCCACUCACCAGCUUCUCCAGCCACAAGAUGACUGUCCACACCUUCAAGAGCACUUCAUUGGCCUGCAUCAUCCAGCAAUGGGCAACAAAGUGGGAGGUUCUAGUUUGGAUCCUCGACGAGAUCCGCUGUUCCACCACGGAAGCCCCUUCUGCCUAGGCCUGGUGCCAGUGGAAGAGGUAGAAAGACUAGACUGCUGCCAGUCCAGAGGAGACCCCCAUUCCCAGGCUCCAGUGCUCACAUCUUUGAGUCAGGACCUACCAGGACAUCUGAACAGCAGCUCACCAUCGCAGAGGCCCUUGGAGACUCAUUCUCCAAUCAGUUAGGGACCGAGCUGCCUUUUACAAAAGACUUAUUUUAAAGAGAAGAAAAGAAUGGGUAUUUAUUUUUGUAUAACAUCUCUAUUUAUAUAUUUAUGCACUUGUAUAUAGAUGUAUAUGUGCCUUUUAUAAUGCUAUGGAGACAGAAGGCAUCUUCAGCAAGGCAACAGGAGGGCCUGAGAAACAAGGCAGCAACUACCUGUGGCCCUGGGCUGUUCAUCAGAGCACAGGAUUGAAACAGCAGUACGAGGGACAUUGCAAGACAUGGGUCCAAGUGAAGCUGCCAACACCAAGAUCCAUCAGCUUCCUGCUGCGAGGGCUUCUCCUUGCCCACAGGAAGGCAUGUCCCAGGAAUGCACUCCUGUGAGUGGACUGGAGUUAUGCACUCUACCUAAUCAACUUAAACUUUCACAUAGACGCCAUCUGCAGCUGCAUAUUUGUAAAGACAAACCCAUGCUUUAACAACUAAAAUAAAGGCUUACGUGUUUUCUGUGGCUGGUUGUAUGCUAACAUCUUCCACAGAAUUAAUCUACAUUCUUUUUCCUUGCCUCUAUAACAGAUGCAGGCUGACUUUACAUUUGCUGUAGUCUUCUUGUUCUAAAUAAAUGGGACAUCCUGCACUGGAGUUUCCCACCUACACAGAGCAGGGUCAAGCCUCUCACUGGUGCCACACACACACAGCAUCUCUCCAGUGCAAAGCUCUGCAAUGGACCGACAACAACAGCAUUUACUGGUUGCAAUUGCACUUUUAAAUUCCCUAUCCACCACUACAGCCAUAUUUGGAUAGAGGAAACAAAUUUAAUCCUUUACAAUGAAACCCCCGUGUAAUCAAAACAAUACAUUUCACACUUGCAAGUAUUACUAUUGCCAUCGUUCAGUGUCUACUUUUAAGGGAUACCUGAACUGCUAGUUAUCAUUCAUGGUUUAAGAACAGGGAAUGUUUUAUCUGAUAUCUCCGAGUUCUGUGGUGAUGAAGGUUGUAGAAACUGACUGUUCCUGCUUAGGAGACUGAGUUGCUGCAUUAAAUGUCCACCUUUUCUGCUUAGAAAAUUGAUUUCUUCUCUUAGGAUGGCUUCCUCAUGAGCCAAACGUUUCAGAUGUGAUUCCAUCCUGGCCUUCGCUUUCAGAUCAGUAGAUCGGGGGCCCUGAAAUUCUACUCCCUGUAAGAGGAGAAAAAAAAUGCUCCUAUAAAAAAUGCAAGAAUUAAUGGUGGAAACUUAUUUCAUCUGGGAAAGCGAAGCAUUCCAAGAAGUGGGAAACAUUGACUGCUCCACUCCUCAGUCAGAACUACUUGGAAGACAGAGUGAGAGACCUUUAUCUUUGGCUCAGUGUGUUACCAAUGGCUGCUUUAUUCCCUAAUAAAGAGAAA